GUUAAAAAUACUUGCGGAGAUGCUCGCUGUAGUACUUACUAUCACGCAAAAUCCGGGAGGACGUAUGCAUUUGCACAUAUAAAAGCAUACUAUGCAGAACCUGUUUUCAGUAGUAUAUUGACGAGCAAUAUGUUUGAUCUAUUUUUAGCACUUUCAGUGUUAACGUAUGGAAGUUUACUUGUAGCAGCAGAGGAAAACCAUUACAAUGUGAUUACAAUUCGAGAUAUUCGAUGCCCUCGAGUCGAUGACCCAAUGACACCGUAUCUCUUGCCUCACAUGAAUGAUUGUUCCAAAUUUUUAUCAUGUUAUAGUGGAUUAGCGUAUGAACUUAUUUGUCCAGAAGGACUUCAUUUUGGAGUAGAAAAAAGCCGCUGUGAUUAUCCUGAGGAUGCGAAAUGUUCUACCGUGCGGCCAGCCAGCUAUCAUAGCUCUCAAGAUGAUCCUUCUAAAGAUAUGAGUGACAAUAAUCAGCCUCAAUUUGAUUCUCGGUACAAUGAUUAUGCGUGGCAACAAUGGAAAAUACAGCAAGCACCUAUGCAAACUCAUUCUCAGCAAGUUAGUCGAGACCGUAAUACUGCAUCUGAAUAUCAAGCCUCGUCUAACCAUGCAAUUGAUCGUCGAAUGCCUGAAAAUCAGAACAACGACCGAAUUAACUACGACUUACAAAGUCAAUCUAUGCAACAAUUCGUCGGUUUCUCGUAUCCUUAUAUAAAACCUCACGAAAAUGGACUAUGGAAUAAUAAACCACAACUGAGCGAUCCACAGCAAUUCCAGAGCAGCUCAGACCACAAACCAUCCCAGAGCCAACAGUCGAUACAUAAAAAACCUCAAUCAUUUGUCGAUAGAUCAGACUCAUUUGAUAACAACGCACAUGGCAAUCAAGCUGAAGUAUAUCAAACUGUUGAUCAAAUGGUUCCCACUGGAAUUUUAGCACAGAACAUGAACACUAGAAAGCCACAGAAUAAUCAAUAUCUACAUCCACUAACUGAUAUUCAUACAAACAUAUACGACAGAAAUGGUCAGUUCCAUGGAUCACUAGAUCAGAGUCAUCAGUCAUUGGAGCAUGACCAAUCGCAAGUACCCGUACGGCAGCUUUCUAUUGAGCAAGUGCCACCUCAGAGACUUCCAUCACAUCAGAAGCCCAAACCUAAUCAUCAACUUACUAUCCAACAAGAACAACUCCAAAUAGAACCCAUAAAACCAAUUACACGUGAGCGCAAUAAUCAUAAUCAUGUUUCAAAUCCAUUACAACAUGAUCAAUGGCAGUCUAAUGCACAGAUCCCUACUGAGCUUCAUAGAAAACCUCAGAUCGAACAACCUCAUUUAUAUCCAAAACCAUCGCUACCAUCCUUUAAUCAAUUGGAGCAUCUUCAUUUCGAUACACAAGACAGUAGAUUCCCGGUACUUGGAACCCCAGAACAAAUGCACUUUUAUCAUGAACAACAAUCCAGCGCAGGACAGAUACCACAUGAUCGGUCUCCUGUUGUAGAAUUACCACAGCAUAAUAAACCCGAAAAAAUCCCACCGGCUUACAGACUCAAACCAAAUCAACCGAAUCAACAGCAGCCACCACAACAAGUCAAUGUUCCUUCAGGGGUCAACAGACCAAACAGGCAGCAUUUUGAGCGAGAUUCGGACGUUGAAGAUGUUGUUGUAGUACCCGGAAUCCCCGAUGCCAGAUGUCCUCGCUUUGAUAACCCAAAGCGACCCGUACAUUUUCCUGUUCGUGGAAAUUGUCAACAGUUUGUGAAGUGCUUCGGUGGAACAGCCUACACAAUGGAUUGUCCUGGCGGAUUGGAAUUCAAUGCUCAGGGAAACCGUUGCGAUUAUCCGGAAAACGCACGAUGCUCGUUAACAUAGCAAUAUGCUUUUAUACGAAAGUUUUAUUAUAAUCAGGUAAUAAAAAUGGCAUAAAGUACAUGAGUUUAA